AUGUCAACUAACCUGAUUAUUGCCGAUCCAGAUUUGAUUAAAUCGAUCACAGUGAAAGAGUUUUCCUGUUUUCCCGAGAGUUUCAGUUUUCCAUAUUUGUCACCCAUUGAGCGUAAAUUUUUGACUGUACUUUAUGGAAACGAAUGGAAACGCGUUCGCUCAUUGUUGUCACAAACCUUUACCACAGGAAAACUCAAGAAAGUGUUUGAAUUGAUUAAAAGCUGCAUGGUCAGUCGUCUUGAUGAUUUAAGGCUGUCACAAGAUAACUUGGAAAGCUCAUUUAUCGAUGUCAAACAUUUCUGGGGACGUUAUAAUUUGGAUGUAACAGCCAAAGCCUUUUUUGGCACUGAUCUUAACGUUUACUCUCAAUCAAAAGCCCAACAAGUGCUUUACAAUUUUGAGCAAACAUUUAAAACUAACCCGAUUUCCAUGAUAAUUAACAUGGUUGCACCUGAAUGGUUUAAUAAAUUAACUCGUCAAAGUGCCUUUAAUACUGAAAAUUUGGAAUAUUUGGAGAAAUUAGCUGAAGCUGUGAUUGAAGCUCGCAAGGAACACAAUCCAAAUCAUAAAUACAAUGAUUUUCUUCAACUGCUCUUAGAGUCUGAGGUGAAUGAAGACACCAAUGAAUCUAAUUGUGAGGGCAAAAGUGUCUCUAAUGACAUUAACAGACAAAGAUUAAGUACCGAUGAAAUCGUUUCAUCAGCAGUUAUUUUUCUGAUUGCUGGCUAUGAAACUACAUCAACUCUGUUAUCU